UCAUUCUUACCAGAAUUAGCUACAGGAUACAAAACACAGCACUGCUAUCUACUAUAUGCACUCAAAUUACCAAUACCUAUAUCAACUCGUAAAACACAAAGCAAGCCUUGCUACAUCAAUCCUGAACUUAACAAUAUUCCACAAUGCAAUAUAUGCCCUAAAAACAGUAGAGGAUAUCCAAAAUCAGCAACACAUCUCCCUUAUCUUGUACCAACUCAGUUACCUAGA